ACUGCAGCGGAGAGACAACGAGCUCGUCAACGUAGGGAAGUGACAAUUUCUUUGACACAAAAGCGUCUCUAGACCGAGUAGAGUAAUGAGGUAGAUAGCCGGACAACUAAUUACACUUACCUUGAUUACAAAAGACUGGCAUUGCCACGGUGAAAAUGGACCAGGAGUUUGAAAACAUAGAUUCUGAGGGCCGGUGGCAUAAACUGUACAUGGAAAUCAGGAAUCAGUCGCACGAGUGCUCCUACAAAGUGGCAAAGUAUCCGGAGAAUCGUAACAGAAACCGGUACAGAGAUGUCAGUCCAUUUGAUCACAGUCGAGUGAAGCUGGAGAACACAGAAAAUGACUACAUCAAUGCCAGUCUGGUGGUCAUGGAGGAAGCCCAAAGAAGCUACAUAUUGACUCAGGGCCCCCUCAGGAACACCUGUGGCCACUUUUGGCUCAUGGUCUGGGAGCAGAAGACAAAGGCGGUCAUCAUGCUCAACCGAGUCAUCGAGAAAGGCUCGGAAAAGUGUGCCCAGUAUUGGCCCAUAGCUGAGGAGAGGGAGAUGGCCUUCAGAGACACGCGUUUCUUGGUCACGCUGUUGUCAGAAGACACCAAGUCAUACUAUACCACCCGGGUGUUGGAGCUGCUGAAUAUUAGUACUGGAGAGAAAAGAGAGAUCUACCAUUUUCAUUACACCACGUGGCCUGAUUUUGGUGUCCCAGAGUCCCCGGCAUCCUUCCUAAACUUCCUCUUCAAAGUGCGUGAGUCAGGAGCUUUGGGGGUGGAUCACGGGCCGGCUGUGGUGCACUGUAGUGCUGGAAUCGGACGCUCAGGGACGUUUUCUUUAGUUGACACAUGUGUGGUCCUGAUGGACAAGCGGAAAGACCCGUCAUCAGUGGACAUCAAAAGCAUCCUGUUGGACAUGAGGAAGUACCGCAUGGGUCUGAUUCAGACCCCUGACCAGCUGCGCUUCUCCUACUUAGCUGUGCUUGAAGGAUCCAAGUACAUCAAGGGAGACGCCUCUGUACAGAACCGGUGGCGGGAGCUGUCCAGGGAAGACCAAGAGCCGACUUCAGAGUCUCCCCCUUCAGCUCAGCCUCAGGCCAGGUGUCCGACGGAGAAAUGCAACGGCAUCCAACGGGGAGGUCAGCUGGAGGAAGGAGGAGACUACAGACAGGAUGGCAAAGUACCAGCACAGUCUCCCUGCAAGGAACAGGAGCUGGACGGCAGCACAACACACAAACGACGCAGAGAAGACAGCAUCUCCAAAUCAGGCACAGCCAAGACGUCCCAAAGCAAGCCCAGGACAAAUGACUCAGAGAAGAAGAGAAAAAGGGCGAAAACCAGCGACUGCUAACCACCUCCACCUGCGGCCACGCACCGACAGCUCUGGCAUCAAAGCCAACAUCGGCAGGGAACUCCAGCUCUCUCCCAACCUCUGUCCAUCUUCCUCUCCUCUCUUCUCUAUGACUUUUUUUUUUUUUAAAUCAUUUUGUUGUCCCCCCUCUUCUUCAUCUUCCUGUUAGCAGCAUGUCACUCCCAUACACGCCUCAGUCGUCCUCCGUGUCACCUCACCCUCUCCAAACUGUUUACAGCAGACACUUCGACAUUCUUGGAAGAGAGCACAUUUGAAAAGAGAAACACACCAGCGCUUUAUCCACGGGUCACAGCUCAACCACAGCCUGGAGUCACAGAAUCUUUCUCUUUUUUUGCUUUAAUAUUAUUAUUAUUAUUGUUUGCAGCUAUGUCAAUCCAUUACGCUUUUCUUUGCUUCUAUGAAAUCAAGACUGAUAUUUGAGGCUAUGCAUUGCCAAUUUGUAAUGCUGUUCAUAUGUGUAUUUUUAGAGAAAAAAAAAUCUUUUUUUCAGAGGGGAAAAUAAAAAUGUUCUAUUUUUUAUAAAGAGAUUACUUGAAGUUUUUCACAGCGACGGGGGGUUGGUUAAAUAAUACAAAAAAAACACUGCCUCCUCCCUCAUCAGAAAUGCAGUGGCAAGUAAUGUUUCCAUGAUGUACAUAGCGUUCUUUUUAACAAAAAGAUGUGUAAAGAAAAAAAAGAUAUUUUUGCUUGUGAAAGAAAAAAAGGAGGAGGAACGACAAUGUUACAGAUUUGAAUACAGUAGAAAAGCUGAUUUGACGACUUUGUUCUCCUUUUGAAAUGAAUUUGUCUUAAGUUUCUCUUUCUCUUAGAGUGUUACCUACAAAUAAAACUGGUAUUAUCUAGUUUAAAUAACAA